AAAUCCCAGUCCCCUGGAUGUCCGGCAGGCUAACAGCCCUGUGACAGGCGGCCCCGCCCGCGGGCGACACCGAGCCGGGACAGCGGCGGCAGGAGCGGCACGGAGGGACCGGCCAGGGAGGCUCCAGCCCGGCCCGGCCCGGGGGACCCGCACUGACCCCCGGCACAGCCCCGGCUGCAGCUGCGGCCGCCACAGCGCUCGGCUACAGAGGACACCCAGGGCGGCAGCCGCAGGUCACUGAUACCUGGGACCAGGGGACCCGCUGGACUGCUAUGAACAGCUCUGUGCUCUGAGUGGACAAAGGCACCGUGGGCCUGGAGACGCAGAAGUGACUUCCAGAGGAUCAUCUCAGAAACUCAGCCUGUAGAGUGGAGAAAUUGCAAUCUGUUUGUGCUGACCCCAGAAAGCUGAGCAGAGCAUCAUGAGCAGCCAUCAGACAGUAAAAAUCUUCAAGAAAUCUUCUAUCCCAGGAGUUGUUAUCACUCAGUUUGUGAAUGAUGUUCCACAAGGAUGCAGUACACCUGAUUUUGAGAAGAAACCAGUCACUCUCACACUGCAGGAAGGUAAAAAUGCCAUUUUCAGAGCUGUGGUCAAAGGUGUUCCAGCCCCUGAGGUGAAAUGGUCACGUACACUAAAAGGAAUGGAUGAUCCUGCCAAAUAUGAAAUGUCCUUCAAUAGUGCUACAAAUGAAUUCAUUCUGCAGAUCAAGAGCCUGGUUGUGGAUGACAGUGAUUUGUAUCGCUGCUGUGCUGUCAAUGCCUAUGGAGAGGCCUCGUGCUCUGCUGGCCUCAGGAUUGUCCAAGUUGGCUUUAAGAGGAAGACAAAAUAUGUUCCUGUUCAUCCUGCUGAUGAGCUCAAGAAGACACUCCUGGACUCCAAGAAGCUGCUGAGGAAGAGGGUUGUAGCACCAAAACCAAAGCCCCUGGAUAAAGAAGCUGUGUGGCAGCUGCUGCUGCAUGCAGAUAAGAGAGAUUAUGAGAAAAUCUGUAUGAAAUAUGGAAUUGUUGACUUCCGUGGGAUGCUGAGGAAGCUGCAGGAGAUGAGGAAGGACACAGAGAGUGAACAAGACAAGUUAAUUCAGAAUCUCAAAAACUUCGAACACAUCAAAGUCAACAAGGAGGGAAAUGCUACGUUCAGCCUGGAGAUGGAGCUGAAAAACAGCAACAGCAACGUUUACCUGCUCAAGGACGGUGAGCGGCUCCGCUAUGGGACAGGGGACGAGUACAGGAAGCACUGCCUGAGGAGAGUGGGGAGAAGGUACUACUUCACUGUCAACGAUGUGCAGCCAGGGGACGCAGGGGUGUACCAGGUUCGGGUGGAGGAUGUCCCUGUCUUCUCAACAGAACUGGAUGCUCAAGCCAUCCCGGCACGGUUCCAGCAGCCGCUCUCCGACGUGCGCUGUGCCGAGGCCGGGGAUGCCGAGUUCCGGUGUGUGCUGUGCACGCCCUGCCACGAGCCCCUGUGGCUGCACAAAAGCCACCCCCUCCAGGCCAGUGACAAGCACCAGAUCUCUGUGACACCUGAUGGCCUGACCCACAAGCUGAUUGUCAGGAACGUGGGACCCUCGGACAGCGGCCUGUACACGCUCGACGCGGGACAGGGCUCCUCCAGCGCCUGGCUCCUCGUGGAGUGUGAGUGGUUGGCAGCGGGUUGUUCCCAUGAUGCCAAAGGAAAGAGGAGACAGGACGAAGGAGAAGAGAUUGAAAGGGAGACAUCUGAUUGGCUGAAAGAAGCAAUGGCAGACAACGAAAGGGCGAGGAAGCUUCGGCGUCAAGAAAAAGCUGCUGCUGAAGAUCGUCCUUCCUUUUCCACAUCCUCUGGUGUGGAGAAAAGUGGCUGGCACAGAACAGGUCAAGGCAGCAGCCAAGGCAGGGGUCAAGGACACUCCAUUGACUCUGAUGAUGGAAGCCAAAGAUUUUUGGGAAAAGAGGGGCUACGCAAAACCCACAUAAAUGGAGAGCUGGGGUCUGGGCAGUUUUCUGGAGCAGGUCUUGAUGGAGACUCAGCAGCCAGUGAUGGCAGCAUCUUUGGACUAAAAGGCUUAGGAGGCAGAAGUGGGUUAAGGGCUGUUCGUGGCAUGGACUCUGUGUCAGGCAGAGCAGGUUCUGGUGGUGCAGUAGGAGGGGCAGGUGAAUGGAAUUCUGUGGAUGGCAGAGGUGAGGGUGUGCUGGGUGCUGCUAACAUUGACAUGGAUGAUGGAGAAGGUUUGGGCUCUCAGCAUGACAAGGAUGGGAAUUUAGGUGAUGCCAGUUACAGAGCUGGGUUUGGGGGUGCUGGGAAGUUGGGUGGGGGAAGUUCUGUGCCAGAUGGGCUUGAUCCUGAUUCAGCUGGAGUUGGAGCCAGUGUGGGGGAUCUGUUCAGCAGGACUGGUCCAGGAACUGGAGCUGGGGGGAAUGCUGCAGGUGCUGGAAUGGCAGAAGGAUUGAGGUCCCACCCUGGCAAGGAUGGGCAUCCCACUGUGGGAGAUAUGAACAGAGCAGGUAUUAACAGAGAGGGAGAAACAGGGACUCCCUAUGGCAAGGAUGGCCUGACACCUCAUGCCAGUGGUCAGCUGGGGCAGGCAGGAAGAUCUGUCUCACUGUAUGGGCCAGGAGGCCUUCCAGGUGGAGAUGGGGCUAUACCUGGUGCAGGUGGCAAUUCCACAAGAGGAAUGGAGGCUUUGUAUGGUCCAAAUGGUCAGGCACUGGGAGCACGUGCUGGUGGUGCUGGUGGAGGUGGUGCAGGGGGAUUUGGAUCUCCAUAUGGAAAGGAUGGUCUCCCAGCUGGAGCUGGUUUGGGUGGGGCUGGGGAUGCAGGGGGACUUGGAUCUCCCUAUGGAAAGGAUGGUCUUCCCAUUGGAGCAGGUGUUGGUGGGGCUGGUGGUACAGGGGGACUUGGCUCUCCCUAUGGAAAGGAUGGUCUCCCAGCUGGGGCUGGUGGAGCUGGUGCAGGAGGACUUGGAGAGGCUUUGUAUGGUUCAGAUGGUCGGCCACUUGGAGCAGGCGUUGGUGCUAGUGCUGGUGAAGGGGAAUUUGGAGCUCCCUUUGGAAAGGAUGGUCUACCAUCAGCAAGUGGAGCGGGUGUUGGUGGGGCUGAUGUAGCUGGUGUAGGGGGAUUUGGAGCUCCUUAUGGGAAGAACAGUCUCCCAGAUGGGGCUGGUUUUGGUGGUGUUGGUGCAGGGAGACUUGGGUAUCCAUCUGGAAAAGAUGGUCUCCCUGCUGGAUCAGGAGUUGGUGGAGCUGCAGGUGGUGGUUUUGGAGGUGCUGGAUCUCCUUAUGGAAAGGAUGGUCUCUCAGCUGGAGCAGGUGCUGGUGGUGCAGGAGGAUUUGGGGAGGCUUUGUAUGAUGGUCAGCCACUUGGAGCAGGUGUUGGUGGUACUGCUGGUGCUGGUGCAGGCGGAUUUGGAUCUCCAUAUGGAAAGGAUGGACUCCCAGGUGUUGAUGGGUCUGGUGGUGCAGGAGGACUCGGAUCUCCCUAUGGAAAGGAUGGUCUUCCCAUUGGAGCAGGUGUUGGUGGGGCUGGUGGUGCAGGGGGACUUGGCUCUCCCUAUGGAAAAGAUGGUCUCCCAGCUGGAGCUGAUUUUGGUGGUGUUGGUGCAGGAGGACUUGGAGCUCCCUAUGGAAAGGAUGGUCUUCCCAUUGGAGCAGGUGUUGGUGCUAGUGCUGGUGUAGGGGGACUUGGCUCUCCCUAUGGAAAGGAUGAUCUCCCAGCUGGAGCUGGUGGAGCUGGUGCAGGAGGACUUGGAGAGACUUUGUAUGGUCCAGAUGGUCUUCCCAUUGGAGCAGGUGUUGGUGCUAGUGCUGGUGCAGGAGGACUUGGAGCUCCCUAUGGAAAAGAUGGUCUCCCAGCUGGACCAGGUGCUGGUGGGACUGGUACAGGAGGAUUUGGGUCUUCCUAUGGAAAGGAUGGUCUUCCAGUUGGGGCUGGUGGAGCUGGUGCAGGAGGACUUGGAGAGGCUUUAUAUGGUCCAGAUGGUCGGCCACUUGGAGCAGGUGUUGGUGGUUCUGAAAGUGCUGGGGGACUGGGAUCUCCCUAUGGAAAGGAUGGUCUCCCAGUUGGAGCAGGUGUUGGCAGUGCUUGGGGAGUUGGGGGUCCCUGUGGAAAGGAUGGUCUCCCAGUUGGAGCAGGUGUUGGCAGUGCUUGGGGAGUUGGGGGUCCCUGUGGAAAGGAUGGUCUCCCAGUUGGAGCAGGUGUUGGUGGUGCUGGGGGAGUUGGGGGUCCCUGUGGAAAGGAUGGUCUCCCAGUUGGAGCGGGUGUUAGUGGUGCUGGGGGAGUUGGGAGUCCCUAUGGAAGGGAUGGUCUCCCAGCUGGAGCAGGUGUUAGUGGUGCUGGGGGAGUUGGGAGUCCCUAUGGAAGGGAUGGUCUCCCAGUUGGAGCGGGUGUUAGUGGUGCUGGGGGAGUUGGGAGUCCCUAUGGAAAGGAUGGUCUCCCAGCUGGAGCAGGUGCUGGUGUUGGUGGUUCAGGGGCAGUUGGGGGUCCCUAUGGAAGGGAUGGUCUCCCAGCUGGAGCUGGUGUUAGUGGUGCAGGGGGACUUCCAUCCUAUGGAAAGGAUGGUCUCCCAGCUGGAGCAGGUGCUGGUGGUUCAGGGGCAGUCGGGGGUCCCUAUGGAAAGGAUGGUCUCCCAGUUGGAACACGUUUUGUUGGGGCUGGUGGUGAAGGGGAAGUUGGAGCUCCCUAUAGAAAGGAUGGUCUGCCAAAUGGAACUGGUGGUGAUGGUGCAGGGGGAGUUGGGGGUCCCUGUGGAAAGGAUGGUCUCCCAGUUGGAGCAUGUGUCGGUGGUGCAGGGGGAGUUGGGGGUCCCUAUGGAAAAGAUGGUCUCCCAGCUGGGGCUGUGGCAAGAGCUGCUCAUUUUCCUCUUGGAGGUGAGGAAGGGAUGGGAUCUGGCCAUGGCACGGAUGCCAUGCUGAACAGAGCUCUGGGAUAUGCAGGUGGGGCAGGAGGAGAGGGCUUUUCCAAGGAAGGUUCUGCACUGUGGGGUGCAGGGUCUCCCUAUGGCAUGGACAGAGGAUCAGCUGGAGCUAUGGCUGGUGCAGGCGAGGUUGGGAGGUUUGGAGGGGAUGAAUGGGAUUCAGUCCAUGGUAAAGGAGGUGUGGGAGGUGCUGGUGGACCAGGUGGUGAAUAUGGGCUGGAUUCACAUCUUGGCAGAUCUUCAAGAGGUGAAACUGGAAAGGGCACUGCCAGUGAUCUCAGAGGGCCAGGGAACAAAACAUCCUCUGGUGACAGAGGAUCUCUGUCAGGUCCAGGAGGAGCCAGGGGAGAGGGCAGAGAUUUUGGACAGUUGGGCUCCCUUUAUGGCACAAAUUCUGCCUUUGGAGGAGCAGGGAGUAAAUCCCAUGACAGAUCUGUUGAUGGGAGUAGUUCAGGUGGGUUUGGUCAAGGUCCACUGAGUUAUGGCCAGAUGUCAGGUCCUUUUGGUGGACCUCCUUCAGCAAACCAGAGAAACCAGGAACCUGACCUGGAUCUUAAAGCAAAUGAUUCCCUGAACAACACAGAAAGCACAAGACAAAAGAGGCGGAGUGUCCUGGAUGAUCUCAAAGUCCCGCGCUGUUACCUCAACAAGCAGCUGGCAACCAUGCGAGUGCUGAAGGGGGACCCAGCUGAGCUGUCCUGCACUGUCAGCAAGGACAACGUGACAGGAACCUGGUUUAAGGAUGGCCUAAAGUUAACAAGCAUGGAUGGAGUGGUCUUUGAAAAGAAAGGUCUUGUCCACAAAUUGAUCAUUAACAAAGCUGAAGAUAUUCAUGCUGGGAAAUACAGGUUUGAAGGUGGAGAUGUAAAAACUGAAGCUUCAAUUUUUGUUGAAGAUCCUCCCCAGGUGGACAAAGUCCUCCUCAAGAACUUGACCAAUGUCCCCACGGUGGCCAAGGCGGGGGAGGGGGUGAAGCUGCAGAUCCCAUUCGGGGGCCGGUGGCCCAUCAGGGCAGUGUGGCUGAAGGACAGGAUGGAGCUGGGGGAUGACACCAGGAUCCGUGUGGACAAGACAGACACCUGCACCACGCUGUCCAUCUCCAGCUGCGACAGGAGGGACUGUGGGGACUACAAAGUCAGGCUCAAGAACGACAGUGGCGUCCUGGAGAUUAACCUAAAGCUCGUGGUGAUAGACAAGCCACAGCCCCCAGCAGGACCCAUCAAAAUUGUAGAAAGCUCCGCCAACAACAUCACUAUCCAGUGGAAGCCCCCAAAGGACGAUGGGGGCAAACCAGUGCAAAGGUACAUCGUGGAGAGGCAGCAGGUGGGCAGGAACGACUGGGAGACUUUGGGAGAAACCCACAGGAGCUGCACCAGCUUCACCACAAGCAGAGUGGAGGAAGAAAUGAGCUACUACUUCAGGGUGAGGGCCGUGAAUGCCGAGGGAGCAAGCGACGCGCUGGAGUCAGGGGAAGUGAAGGCUGCUGGUAAAGCUUCUCCUGGUGCCCCAGAUCCCCCUGAGAUCAUCAGUGCCAGCAGGGACACCAUCACUGUAUCCUGGAAAGCUCCUCGUAAAACCGGCGCUUCCCAAAUUAUGGGAUACAUUGUUCAGAAACGCAAGAAGGGCACUGUGACCUGGCUGCCAGUCACCAAAGUGCCUGUCAAAGACAAGAAGCUGAAGGUGACCAGCCUCAAGAAGGGUGUGCAGUACGAGUUCCGUGUGGCAGCUGUCAAUGCUGCUGGCACAGGGCAGCCCAGUGACCCCUCAGUGCCCGCCUCUGCCCAGGACCCCACCAAAUCUCUAGGCCAAGUGCAGGACCUUAAAGUGAGCAGCAGUGACAGCACCAGUGUCACCUUGACAUGGAACAAACCUGAAGUACAAGAUGGGAAUGAUGUGAAAGGCUACGAGGUGGAGAUGAAGGCCUUUAACAGCCUCAGCUGGACCAAGUGCUUCACCCUCCCUGCGCAGAGCACCUCGUGCAGGGUGCAGGGCCUGCAGCCCGGGGAGAAGCUGUUCCUGCGUGUGAGGGCCCUCAGCGACGCCGGCCCCGGGGAGGCCUCGGACCUCGAGGCUUGUGCUGGAGCUGCUCCCCUGGUCUCUCCCAGGUUAUUGAUAGAUGACACAGUGAAAAGCUUCCUGGUCAUAAAAGCAGGGAAUCCCAUCCGGGUGAAGAUUCCCUUCGAGGGAUCUCCCGAGCCAAUGGUGACAUGGUUAAAGGAUGGGCUCCCCCUUCCCAGCCGGGCUGCCGUGAGCACCGAGGAUGGGAGCACCCAGCUGCUGCUCAGGGCAGCCGAGUUCAGUGACAGCGGCACCUACACUGUGGAGCUUGGGGAUGGGCUGGGGAAAAGGGAAACCUUCAGCUUCCAGGUUCAAAUUACAGAUAUCCCUCAGCCCCCUGGAGCCAUCCGGCUGGAGGAGAAUGUGCCCAACACAGUGACAGUGACCUGGGACCCCUCGGCAUCCGAGCAGUGGGAGAAGAACCUGUACUACACAGUCCUGAAACGGGAAUCCCAGAAGGGUCUGUGGCAUGUGCUGGGAGACCUCAUCUACAACAACAAGUUCACCUUCACCAGAGUGGUCCCAGGCAGGGAUUAUUACUUCAAGGUUGUAGCAAAAAAUGACCUGGGAGCCAGUGAUCCAUCAGAGACUGUGCAGCCCUGGAGGAUCUGGAAAAAAAAGGCUGAAUUUCGAGUUAAAGCACAGAAAUACAGGGGAGUUAACCAGAACCAGCCCCCGAGGUUCCUGGUACCGCUUAAAUCCCACGUGGUGGUGACGGGCAGUGAGUGUCACAUGAGCUGCGCCGUUGGAGGCCACCCUCCCCCCAAAAUCACAUGGUACAAGGACAGCAGAGACCUCUCCAGAGAUCCCAACUACUUCUGCACGAACGACUUCGGAGUCUGCUCGCUGGUGGUGCUGGGGGUCACCAAGCAGGAUGAGGGGGAGUACAUGGUGGAGGCCAGCAAUGAAGUGGGUCGUGCCUUCAGCAAAGCCUUCCUCGCCAUCAAAGACUCCUCCCUGUAGCGUGGCCCUGCUGAGAACAUCCCUGCAUGGCUCUGAGGAUGAGAAGCUUUUGGUGAGGACUCCUCCAUAUGAGGGCUGUGAAUUUAUUGUCAGAUGUUCUUCACAGUCUGAGGGCGUUGUUUUUCAGAUCUAGUAAUUGCACUUUGAACAUGAUGCUGCAUUAUCAUCCAUACUGGGAGAAAAAAGCUUUAAGAGCACUGCAUUUUUUUUUCUAAUGAUCAGGCUUUCCAUGAGACCUUUAAAACACAGUUUAGAAGCUUCAGGAAAGCAGAAGAUGAGAGGAAAAAUAAUUGGCCAAAAUGAAAUUUUCUGUGGAGAGCACAGGUGGGAGAGACCAUCCUUCCACACCACUCACUCGCAACAAGGACAUUUCUGGACAUCAGGGGUCCUUUCACAUCUGUUUUUUCAAGCCAAAGCAGUCACUUUGGAUUCUAUGUAAUUCUCUGCAGUUUUGCCAAAUCUGGCAGAAGCAGUUCUGCAUGUGUUCUACUAUCAGUAGCAGCUAAGUACAUUAUCUUCCCUAACCCUUAAGUUAAAAAGAGCAUCUUCCUGCUCAUUUUGUCUGGGCAGGAGAUGAAAUCUCAGACCAGCCUGGCAUGGGGUAGGUGGAAAGGACUGGAAGUCUACAACCAGUGUAAGCAGAGCAACUCCCAAAACUCACAGCAUGUGCUGUAACAAAGGCUGUGCCAGUCAUGAACCACCCCCAGCAUCACCUGUGCAUCCCAACUGCCCCUGGACAUGGCAGUGCUGGGAGCCUUCUGCCUUGUGCAGAAAGAGGUGAAAAAUCCUUCCUGUCUGACCAGAAAUAUGAGGGACCUCCAGGGACCUCCUGCCAUGGCCAGGGUUUCCCAUCACUGGGCCUGGACAGCAAAAUGUUCUGGUGGCUGUAGGAGGGUGUCACAGCCAGAGCACCAAGGGUUACUUUCUGAUAGAGAGAGAGCAGAGCCAAACACAGCUGCGGGGCUGGAAUGUUCCUUGGGAUUACAUUUUGUACAAUGUUGUACAGAUGUAACAGCAGUAGAUAAUAAAAUUAAACGACAAUAAAGUGAAAUCUACCCGGAGUCCGUGUUUAUUCUGGAGAAGGAAUCACAGUCAGUUCCUGGAUCCCUCUCGGCUGCAGUUUGAUUGCUUACACAUGGUCAUCUCUCAUGGAAUUGCUCCAGCAGCUCCUCCUGCGGGGCUGAAGGCAGGGGGAUCUCACCUGCAGGGCAGAUUUCCUUCUUGACUGAUAAACACAAGAGGCAAGUCCUACUGAGCUGUCUGCACCACUUCCAGCAAAUGCUCUGCUGCUGCUUUACUGAGAGCUUCGAUCCCAGCCAAAGGGGAUUCCCUGCCAGUAAUCACCUCCAGGGUGGAAGGGCCGGUGUUUGUGACUCCCCGUUGCCGGCCUGGACGGGGCUGGGAGCACCCUGGUGUACGGACGGUGUCCCCGCCCAUGGCAGGAGGUGCCCUGGGCUGCGAUUUCGCGUCCAUCCCCAGAGCGCAGGCCAGGCCGCGGCCGUGGGGCGAGCCCCAAGCACGGAGCCGCCGCUCGGCAUCGGCCCCGCCCCCGGCACCGCCCGCAGAUGGUCUCUCCCGUCCUAUUGGCGCAGCAGGUCCCACCCCCGCACGUCCAUCACGCCAAUGCCAUCGGUGAUUGGUCGAUCCUCAGGACCCUCCCCGACCCAGCCAAUGGCAGCGCACCCCCGCCCUGAGCCAAGAUGGCGGCGCCUCGGACCAGGCCGGGUGGUGUGUUCGGCUCCUCUCUCUCCCUCUCGGGGACCCGGGGAGCGGCGGGCCCCGAGCGCUGGAUCUGUGCCUCCGGAGCGUCUCUCGGCUCUGCCCGAGCCUACUCAGACAGUGAGCGCUGCUCUGGGCCCGGGAAAGGCACGGGCACCGGCCGGUCUCCGAGGGAGCGGCGGCAGCGCGCAACGAGACAGGCCCGGGGGAGCCGAGCACCACCAGGGAGGGCUGAGAGGGCAGGAAAAUAACAGUAAAGAGAAGGAGAAACGGACAAAAUGGCGGUUCGCGCGUGUGGCGGCAGCGAGAGGAGCUCCGUGACCGCUGGGGGAGCGGAUGCGGGGUCACCAGGGAUCGGAGCAUCCCAGGCCCAGAAUGGCCAGCACCGCCGGGAGUGCCCAAGCACGGCUGGGGCCGGACACGGGGAUCCCCUUGCGGGGGGGUACCGCCCUCACCGUUCCCCCCCCGGCCCCGAGUGCCCCCGGGGCUGGUGCCGCUCAUCGGGGCGUUCUCUUGGGGCUGCUGCGGCCUAUCCCAGCUCCGGGAGCGGUCUGAGCUCCCCCAGAGCUCCGCGCUGUCGCUGGAGCGGCCGGAACACCUUCGGAAUCACCUGGAAUUCAUUCUGGAGUGGGGAUUCCUGCCGGGGGAGAACAGCGGGGGCUGUUCCACGGGCGCUACACUGGGACAAGGGCAGGUGGCAGCAUCCCCUGGCCGGGGCACUGACGCAGCUCCUUGGCUUCGGUUCCAGCACUGGUGUCCAGGGCCUGCAGCACAUCCAGUUUGUGGAUAAAUGUUGGGGUGCUCUUGGUCCUGGGCACUGGGUCCAGCCUGGGAGGCAGUGAAGAUUCCCCUUUUGCUGGGGAAAAGGGAUGAAGUUUUUGGCCAGUGCAGAGGGGAACAUAGGUAGGAUUUUCCCCACCCACGCGUGGGUCCAUUCCUCACCCAGAGAGGUCAGGCUCACCCAGGGUCCUGCUGUCCUCCUCCAAAACCGGCAGCUUCAUUUUCUUGUCUGUAAACCAGUCAGGUAUGGGGAGAAGGCAGGGGGUCACAGCAGGGCAGCUUCCACAUCCCAGGGUGAUGGGGUGAGGGCUUGGGAGCAUCCACGUGUAUCUCACAGGGAUGGGUGUGCAUCCCAGUAGAGAGGAUCUGCUUCCAGCACUGUCUCAGGCAGGCAGGAACAGUCUGUGUGUCCCCUGCACACCAGUGGCUGUGGGGAACUCCUCUUUGAGCAGGACUAGAACAUGGCUGGGACCAGCUCCUCUUCAGCAGUACAUUCUGGGCAGUGAUGCCUGACUUCAUGGCAAGGGUGGGAUAAUGGGUUUGGAGUGGGCACAGGAAUGUCCUGCCCUGGCAGCUGCUGAGGGGCUCCAUCUGCCACACUUGGCUGCAGAAGGUGGCACCUGUCCUGCCAUCCUGCUCUCUCAGAGAAGAGAUUGGGAGAUGUGGGCACGUGGGCACUGCCAAGGGUGAGACAGAGUGGACAGGACCCUUUUCCCACUGCCUGCCAGGUUCUGAUUUCUCUCCCCAAGUGCCAGCAUCUCCUCAGCUGCUCUUUGUCCAUCUGUUUUAUUGGCUGUCAAAGCAACUGGAAAACCUUCCCAGUGUGUUGGGUCCAAUCCAGCAGCUCCAGCUCUUAGUUAAAUGUAGUGGUUAUUAAUAAUAACACAUAAAUAAUUUAUUUUUUUGUCA